GCAGAGUACAUGGGAUCCAUUCAUAGCCUGCCCAAGAACACAAGAAGAGCUUCUGCAGAAAUGGCCAUUUCCAAAUCCAAGUUUCUCACUCUCUUUCUGCUCUUCUGCACCCUUCUUCACCUUGGCUUUGCCAAUGAACAAGUUAUCGAUGACGCCAUUGCUCAGAGCGAGGUUGUAGGCCAACGUCUGCCUUAUGCGCAGGACUGCUGCAAUUACGGUCACACGGGAAGCUGCGUCGGUUCACCGAACUGCUGUGGGAAUGGAGGCGACUAUGACAACUCCCCUCCUCAUUGUGUCCAAAAUGGAUGUGGGUGUGUGGAGAAUCCGAGCAACAACUGUUGUGCUGGCUCGGUUGGCCAUCCUUCUCCUCCGUCGUGCCAAUGGCAGGGACCGAGCCCGUGCUGUGGCUGUGUGAGAACCAAUGUCAAGGUCGAGGAACAGAAUGAAUCCAACUCCGAUCGUCCCAGCAGUGAAUCAAUGACUCCAAUGCAUUAAGGAACUUAAGACAUGAAGCUCUUCAUGACCAACAUUAACAUCUUAGUCAAUAAUAUCAAAACUGCUUGUGGCUUACAAAUAUAAAGCUUCAUGAUCUGAAUUCAUCUUUUAAUAUCAAUACAGAACUUUCUUUUA